AUGACCGAUGCGGACGAAGAUGCUUGCAUCGAGGAGGUACCUUUGGAGCACUUCCACACUUGGCUCCAAGAAGCAGGGAUCCGGCCCAGUGAGAUCCUACAUUUGAAGGGCUUCGGUGGGAACGUGCCUGGCUUCUUUGACAAGGAGGCCGUCGCCAAAGCAAGCCAGUCAUCCCUUCUAGUGUGGGAUGGUGACGAGUUUCAAGAAACGAGCUUCACCAGACUCAUUCCGGAUUACCUCAAGUGUGGAGAGGGCCGACGACCUGGACAUGUGCAGUUUGUGACAUCAGCGGGCGUGACAACUUGGCAGGAUAGGCGACUCCAUCGACAGCUUCAAGAGGAGCUGGAAGGAGGCCUGGGUCCUUUGGCCUUUGCCGUGUCCGAGGCUUGA